CCAUCCAGUGGGAAGGAUAACCGCUUCCUCGAAAUCUUUUCGUCGCAAUAUUUUGGUUUUAUAUUUUCUUUCUUUUAAUCGUGGGGUUUAGAAAAAGUGUGAAACGUAUGUGGAAGAAACACACGGUAAUGAGAAUUGCGCCACAAGAAUCCGGACCCCUCGAGCGGACCUGUACAGGGCGGUGCAUCGAGGAGGCAUGAAUGUCAACCGGUCAAGCUACACUGUUUUGAUACCAGUACCAAGAUUGACCAGCGUGCGUUUACCAGACCGAAAUACACCCACCUGCUUUAUUUCUUUAGACAGCACAAGAGGUGUACAGGCAAAGUAAGAGUAGUAAUACCAGAAUGGAAGUUUUAUGAGGGAUCUGGAACUGUCGCAUUGAAAAGAACUUUGAUUGAGAGGAAAAUAUGGAAUUGGAUUUUAACCGAGGACCUGAAAAACCGCAUGGUGUGACUCCAAAGUGCUACCCAAGAAGACACCGUUGCGCAUUUUCUGAACGAUGUAAAAUUGCUAUUUGAAAGAAGACCCUGGUGCCGUGUUUGUUUUAUAGUCUGUACCAUAGGCUGGCGUAGAAACGAUAUUCUGCAGAAGCAUAUAAAACGCAAGGGCCUUCAGGAAGGCGACUGACUGACAGGCAACUGAUGAUAACCCUACAAUUUUGAUUAGGAAUGACUGUCAAAAAUCAGCACUGCUGUCAUUUGACCACAGCCUUUAGGGGAAAAUAGCGCCUUGCAAUACAAAAACGUUUUGAAGAUUAAUUCUUAAGAGAGUUUGAUUAUCAGAGACUAGCCCCUGUAAUUGUUCAUCAUGUCGGCUGUGAUGAUAACCAGGAAGAUUACCCGAAAGUGGGAGAAGCUGCCGGGGAAGAACACUUUUUGCUGUGACGGUCGCGUUAUGAUGGCCCGUCAGAAAGGCGUGUUUUACCUAACCCUGUUCCUCAUCGUUGGAACCUGCUCCUUGUUCUUCGCUUUUGAGUGUCCCUACCUGGCGGUGCACCUGUCCCCUGCCAUCCCCGUCUUCGCCAUCGUCCUCUUCCUGUUCGUCAUGGCCAUGCUGCUGAGGACCAGCUUCAGUGACCCGGGGGUCUUACCGCGGGCACUCCCUGAGGAGGCCACCUUCAUCGAGAUGGAGAUCGAGGCAGCCAAUGGGAACGUGCCUGCAGGACAGAGGCCGCCUCCACGAAUCAGGAAUGUGCAGAUUAACAACCAGAUCGUCAAGCUGAAGUACUGCUACACCUGCAAGAUCUUCCGGCCCCCCAGAGCCUCCCACUGUAGCAUCUGUGACAACUGCGUGGACCGUUUUGACCACCACUGUCCGUGGGUGGGGAACUGCGUGGGGAAGAGGAACUACCGCUACUUCUACCUGUUUACUCUGUCCCUCUCCCUCCUCACCAUCUACAUCUUCGCAUUUGACAUCGUCCACGUGGUCUUGCGUUCUGUGGACUCUGGAUUCGUCAGCACACUGAAGGAAACCCCUGGAACUGUGCUGGAGGUAGUGGUGUGUUUCUUCACCCUCUGGUCUGUGGUGGGCCUCACUGGCUUCCAUACCUACCUGAUCUCCCUCAACCAGACCACCAAUGAAGAUAUCAAAGGCUCGUGGUCGGGGAAGAACAGGGUGCAGAACCCCUACAGCCACAAGAACAUCAUCAAGAACUGCUGUGAGGUCCUGUGUGGACCGCCCUACCCCAGUGUGCUGGACAGGAGAGGGUUUGCACCAGAGGACCUGACCACUGCGGUUCCCUCUACCACUACUACCACCACCACCACCGCCCCCACUGCUGCCAACAGGAGCAGCAACCCUGUGCCACAGACCACGAAAACCACAGCUCCACUGAUUCCUAACGAACACACUCCGGACGAGGAAGUGAAGCCAGUCGUGGCUCUGACGGAGAGGCCCCAGACGCCCAAAGAGGAGACACCUCCCUCCAAAGCCCCUACACCCUCCAAGGCCACCACCCCUUCUAAAGCCACCACCCCUUCCAAGGCCACCACACCCACCAAAUCCACCACACCCAUCUCAUCUACCGAGGCCUCCACUGAUGUCAUGCUCCCUGGAGAACCCAAGGAACUGAGCCAGAAACUGUAGAAGAAGAAGAAGAAGAGAAAUAAGAAGAAAAAGAAGAAGGUUACCAUGGAGACUCCUCUCAGAGAUGUUGUUGUUCUUUCCCCACCUUCUUUUACUCCACUUUUCAAAUGCACUGGGCAGUUUCAGCCUGAACUUUAAAAAAAACAGAACUUUAAACCAUGAACUUCUGAGAGUGUGGAGUGUUUGGCGUUUAUGGUGAUUCAAGCGGGGGUACUCCUGUGGUCCUCCAUGCCAUUCACUGGAUGUAGAGAUAGUUUCCUCUGAUGCUGGACUAGCUUGUCCAUCAGGACUUGCUCUUGGAUCUGUAGAGUUUGGCCUUUAGUGGCAACAUCUUUCUUCUUGAGCAUUGCAUGAAAAAAGAGAAAAAUACAAUUAUACAAACAACACUAGCGAAUGAUGGAUAUCAGAGGACUCAAUUUGUUUUUGCUCAUAAUUGAGCUGACUGCUAACUCCUGGCUGGCUGUGUGUAGAUCUUUUUUUUUCAUUCUUUUGUCAAAUUUU